CUAGACAUAUAUGAUGGAGACGGUGAAGAGAGCAGAGAUAGACACAACGGCACCUUUUAAAACUGUCAAAGAAGCUGUUGCUUUGUUUGGCGAAAGAGUCUUAGCGAGCCAAGUCUAUUCCAACCAUCUCAAAGUGAUGCAGGAUGAGAAAUGGGAAGAAGAUUCAUCAGGGAUUGAGACAGAGCUUGAAGAGACAAAACAUGAUCUCAAAAGGGCAAAGGAAGAAAGCAAAAAAAUGAGAAACUCAUUGUUUUGUCUUAAGGAAGAGCUUGAACGUACAAAACAAGAGCUCCAGAAGCUGAGAAUAGAUCCUGAGGAACCAGAUAAGAGAAGAAACGACGAGACUGUAUUCAAAACCAAAUUCGAAGUGUUAGUUCCUCGGGCUGAUGAUGAACCAAUCAGAAGUCCGACGUUGAGAUCGAUGAGUGAGAAGAGAUACGUGAAAUUCGCAAACCCGAAUGGUAAUAAUGGUUCUGUGGUGGAGAUGUUUCUUGAGAGACAUCCUUCGAUGAAAAAGAAGGAGAAGAAGACGAAGACAAAGAAGAAGAAGAAGAGUUUGAUCCCUUUGUUUAUUGGUGGGAUAUUUUCUAAGAAAAAGGUUUUGCAAUGAAACAGUUUGGUUUCUAAAAAAUUUUUUUGCUAUGUUUGUGUGUGUGUGUUUUUUUCCAUAAUAAUGUUACAUACAUGUAUUCAUGUA